CCAUGGCCAAGUCCAAGAACCACACCACACACAACCAGUCCCGGAAAUGGCACAGAAACGGCAUCAAAAAACCCCGGUCACAAAGACACGACUCUCUCAAGGGGGUUGACCCCAAGUUGCUGAGGAACAUGCGCUUUGCCAAGAAGCACAACAGGAAAGGCCUGAAGAAGAUGCAGGCAAAUAAUGCAAAGGCCCUGAGCGCAUGUGCGGAGGCCAUCAAGGCCCUGGUGAAGCCCCAGGUGGUGAAGCCCAAGGUGCCAAAGGGCCCCAGCUGCAAACUCACCCGUCUGGUUUUAAUUGCUCACCCUAAGCUUGGAAAGCAGAUUAGAAGCUACAUGGUCAGGGGUCGUAGGCUCCAAAAACCAAAGCCCAAGUUUCAAGCCAAGGCAGAGGCCUCAGCUGCAGCUCAGGCUCCCAAAGGUGCCCAGGCCCUUGUAAAGGCCCCAUAAAGAAGGUCGCAGUCUGCCAAUGUGAAGACAGAUGGGCUGGUGUGAACACCUACACAGUAUUUGCAGUUGUUCAGGACCUUAUGCUGUUUUUACAAAUAAACU